ACACACCCAAAGGACAGGACUGAAGGGGAAACAUUUAAGUUACCAUAAAGGAUCAAGUUAUUUUCUAUUGGAGUCACUCUGUCCAGCGCCACAUAAGCAAAGCAAUGGGAUCAGGACUCUUUAAGAAGCCAUGGAGGGAGGUGUCAGAGAAGGGCAAGGACAAUCUUAAGUUUGUGAAAUCUUACCAACCUCAAAACAAACAGGUCAAACAUCUCAGGAUUCUGCUUCAUGGACCAGUUUGUGCUGGAAAGUCGUGCUUCAUAAACUCUGUCGACAGUGUUUUAAAAGGCAGACCUGCCUGUCGAGCUCAGACAGAUGCAAGCUAUGCUGGGAGAAGCUUCACCAAAAAGUACCAGACCUUCGACUUUACCAAAAGUCCAGGGGCCAAAUACUCUUUUGUUUUCAAUGACAUCAUGGGCUUUGAACAAGAUUCUGACAGUGGAGUCCCUGUGGAGGAUAUCAAACUGGCCCUGAGAGGACACGUGAUAGAAGGUUACAAGUUCGACCCUUACAAAGAGCUGAUGGAGGGUGAUGAUGGCUUCAACUCUGAUCCCACUUUGGAAGACAAAGUUCACGUUCUGGUGUGUGUUGUUCCUGCGGACACUGUGUCUAGGUUAAGUGAUGAGAUGGUGAAGAAGAUUAGAGAGGUCAGACUUGCAGCCAGUGAACUGGGAAUUCCCCAACUGGCUAUUCUCACCAGAGUUGAUGAAGCCUGUCCUGAGGUUAAAGAGGACACAAGCAAUAUCUAUAAGAGCAAAUACCUGAAGGAACAGGUUGACAGAUACCACCAGCGGCUGGGCCUUCCAAUGAACUGCAUCUUCCUUGUGAAGAACUACAGUGAUGAAAUUGCAUCAAAUCGCGGAAUGAAUGCUGCAAUACUGUGCGCACUGAGACAGAUGCUUUGCUUUGGAGAAGACUUCCUGGAAAAUUGAAAACUUCUGAGGCAAAUACACAAUCGGAAAUUUGUAGGGGAAUGAGGAAAUAUUCAGUCAAUGUUUACCUUCUUUGUCAAACAGGCAAGAUUCCACAUAAACCCACUGCAUGUCAAAAUUAACAAAUCCCCUACUGCAAAUAGACGAUUGAAGCAUAAAUCAUGGUUUGCAUAAAAAGUUAAAAUAAUGCGCCCUACACUCUGCAUGCGAAAGUACAGACAUUUGAAUAAAAAAACUUAAUGUGAAAUAAAAAUUCAUAAGAAUAAAUACACAACAUGUUCAGUUACAGUAAAAUUACACAGUUACAGUGGGAACUUUGGGUUUCUAAGGUCUUGAUCUUACUUUAUUAUCUAUAAUUGCUUACUUAUGAUUUGAUGCUAUAGACAAAUAAAAUCUAUUUGAAGUUACAGUUUAUAUGUAGUAGUAAAUAUACAUUACAGUAUAAAAACUUUGAAGGGUAAAAUAAUCCUGCAGUUUUUAGUCUUGAGAUAAACUUCCUGUUGCAAUAACCAAGUUCAUUUAAGGUCAUUUUUAUUCAUUUCCAUCAAAAUCUUGUUUAUCAAAAAUCAGUCACAAUGUUCCUCAACAUCAACUGUUUCCUUCCUUAAUGCUGCCUCCUAACCACAAAGGAUUUGUUGAUCAAUGAAGUUGGAACAAAUUAACUAUUAAUCAAUACAUUUUCAGGUAAUGAAUGAAGUCCUACUGUCUUUAUAUAAUUUAUGUCAUUGAGACUUUGCACAAUAGCAGGACAAUGCUCUGUCAUUUUGUCGUUAGCUCGGUGUGACGUCAUCACGUGAUCUGGUCAACAACUCAGCUGUUGUGAUGGUGCCUUCAAAAGCUCUCGUCUUUGUUGUUGACCCCCAGUAUUUCAUAUAUCACCUGCUCUAACAAAUUAAUUCGGCAUCCCUUGCUUGGUCUGUGCUUCAUUUUGUUUAUGCAAAAAAAACGAACAGACAACUAUGAUUUAUUCUGUUUAAUAUAAUCAUCUCUAUCCUGCACUUUCCCUCUCUGGGGACUCUUUGUAUUCUUUUUCAGUUUGACAGAUAUUGUGGUGUACUGUUAUUUGAUGUUCUUGCAAUAUAAGUUGAUUCAUUAUAUUGUUAUUGUGGGCUUUGUAUCAUGUAUUGUGAGUUUCUGGUGGUGGGAAGUAAUGAAGCAAAAAUAUAAAAAAUAUACUCUGUGCAAAAAAAUAAAAAUCUUUACUGUUCAGCGUGGAACAUUGGUGAAGCUAAGAAGACGGAGCUUUACAUAUAACCCUUCAUCUACUUAGUUUUCAAUCAGUGCGGCAAUCAUGCUCUAAUUAUUUUUCUGUACUGUCCUUAAUAAAUUUCUUC